CCUUAUCUCUCCCGCCCCCCCCCUCGCUCCCCCUACGGCUUGUUCGCCAGUUCCGGUCACGUUGCUGGGUGUUUACGCCUGGAGCCCGCCCCGGACCCCCCUUGGCGCCCCGGAACCCCCCGGAGCCCCGGCCCGACAACCCCGCAGCCUCGCAGCAGCUGAUGGCGUCGCAGCCCGGGCGGGUGCUGCGGAACCCAGGGCGCAGCUAGCGAGGGGAAGAAGAGAGCCUCCCCCCACCCAGCCUGGCCCGGUCCCAGGGCCCCGCUGGCCCGUCGCUCCCUCAGGUCCCGAAGGUGGGGCCCAGGCCUGGGUUGCCAUGGAUACCGUGUCCCUGGAGCAUCAGAUCCAGAGUGUACAACGCCACAUCAGCUUCCUGAAAAAGGAGCAGAUGGCUCUGCUGCGAGACCUGCACCUGGAAAUCUUGAGGCUGCAGAAACGCUGUUCAGAACUGACUCGUGAUCUGGAGAUGAGAGAGGCCCAGUCUCAUCAGCAAGAGGCGGCGUCCCGGGAGCUGGAGAGCAAGUGCCGCGCGCUGGAGUCGCAGCUGGCUGCGCGGACCGCCGCCAACGCCGAGCUGCGGCGGGAGGUGGCGCAGCGGGAGGCGCUGGUGUCCGCGCUGCGUUGCAGCCUGCGCGCAGAAGAGCGCCGCUUCCUGGAGGAGCUGCGGCGGCGCAGCCACCGUGCCACCGUGCUGGGCACCGAGCUGCAGAAGCACACCGAGGCGGCCGCCUACCUCUCCUGCCAGCUGCACGCCGCGCGCCAGAGACUGCAGACCCCGCGCCCGGGCCCCGGCGCCGCCACCGCCGCCGCCACGGAGCCCCGGCCCCGCCGGCGCGCACAGCGGGCUCGCCGCCCGCCCGCCGCCGAGGCCGCAGCCAAGGGCCCGGGCCGGGACUGGGCCGCCUGGGAACGCGCGACCCGCGCCCUGGACGACAUCGACCCCAUGCCCGACCCCGCGCUCUUCCUCUACCCCCGGAGGCCCCCGCGGCCCAGCGGCCGCAGCCCGCGCCACCCGCCUCCCCAGGAGCCCCCGGACCAAGCCGGCCCGCCGGCCGCGCCCAGCCCGCCUAGCGCUCCCGGGGAGCCGGAGUAGGCGGAGGGGUUGUGGGGUGGGGAGUGCGGAAGGCCGGCUCGGCCUCCGGCUAGGGACGCACCUUGGGCCACGCAGCCGGGUCCCGGGGGUCGCGGGAGCCGGCGCUCCUCCAGGGAUCCAGCGGAGGCGGCCCCAGCUCCCCCAGCUCUUCCUACCGCCCUAGCCUUUUUGUAUCCUCCUCCCCCGACGGGGCUCCUCCGCGGGGCUGAGAGAGUGCACCUUUUUUUGUGGAGAGGACUCGCAGUACGGAGGCUUCUGUGGUCCCCACCCUGCUGCAGGGAGGGGCGGGGGCGAAGGUCUCCCCCUGUCCCGGGAAAGCUGACAAUCGUUGGACGCGAAGGGGGGAGACUGGGCAGGCCUACAAAAGGAACGCAGUGGCACUUAGCACCCCUAGGCCUUCCAGGCUCCUCUCUCGGACCUUCCCCAGCCCCGCACGGCUGCCCUUCCCGCCAAGCCUUCCUUCGAGGGAGGCUCCGGCUCGGGCUAGCGGCUGGACCUUUUUCCUCUGACGCCGCUUCUCCUACCCCGACCCCGCUGAUAGGUCCUUACCGGUGAGCACCCAACACUUUAAAGGCAUUUCCUGCCAGAGUCCCUGGUAGGGAAAGUGUGACGCGAUGGAAGUUUGAACUUCUGGAGAGGAGUACCGAAUGGGUUAGAUGGCAGAACCUGGUCUAAAGCUGUCUCCAGUCCUGUUCUUCCCCAGAAUGCCCCUCCCACCCAUAAGUAUUUAGGCUGGGAGCUGUGCUAGUGAAGCAAGGGGAGGGGGACACAGGGUCCGCUGGAGUCAGCUGCUCCUUCAGGCUUGUAGAAGGGCAGAAACCGCCUUCCCCUUCUCGAGGAAGCUGGGAACCUGAAGGCAGCCUUGGGAGCUUUCCUAGUCCUGUUUAUUGGUGCUAAUUUUGCCCAGCUGCACCUAGAGGUGGGAAGAAGGGCCAGGUUCCUGGAAGUGGCAGUGGUUGAUAAGAGGUUUGAGUUGGCUGUGGGGGCUGGUGGAUAGGAGCACAGCUUAAUCCCCAGGCUGGUCUCCUCCAGGGAUGCACCCAAUCCUACCAGAACUGACAGUGGCGGGUAUUCAAUGUAUAUAACCCUUCUGUCUAGAAGGGAGAGUGGUGAAAUGGAAAGUGGGACAGCCCACCUCCUAGCUACUUUCUCCCCAGCUCCCCUCUCCUGACCCAAGGCAGGAAGGAAAUGCAGUUCCAGUCCAGCACAUGGCCCCCACUGCAAGGCCAGCCCCUAGAAAGACAAACUCUAGAGCCCCUUCCCCCAUGCCAUGCCUCCUCUGUUGGUCCUGCUUUGAGUCCUAAGUGCCUGUGAGGUUUUCCAGGGGCUGCUGAGGGAGUAUGGGGCAGGGAGAGGCCUUUACCUCACUCACGGAUAGCACAUCCUGGCAGGUCUUGCCCUGGCUGAGGCCAAGCAUUCUGUGUGUCACCCAAGGUCUGGGAGAUGAGCAGAAUCAAUCUCUAGGGGUGGGGAACCCUUCUCCCCUCAUGGGCCCUGUAAUGAACAGGAGGAACCUGCCAUCAUGUUCCCUUUCGCUCUGUACCUCAGAGGGUGUCAAUCUGCAAGAAGUAAAACCAGUGAGCACGCUCCCAGCCCCCACAAAUAUGCUGUCCUCUCCCAGCUGACUGCACUCAGGACUGCUGAGACCACUGAGCAAUAACCGGGCCUCAUCCGGGUUAUUUCCAGCCACUGGGCUGCAAAUGCCCAAGGUGUGAACGUCCUUGGGACAGACAGUGCUCUCUCUCUCUCCCUCAGUCUAAAUUGGGCCACAGUGAUGACCUGGGGUCCUUGCUCUGCCCGUCCUGGCCUCUUACCCUCCUCUCCCACCCCAUUCUUGUGCCUCUGCCCUCUGUGUCUCCUCUCAGAUGUGUGGAACGCACUGUGCCCCUGAUCCUAUUGCCUCCCUUUCAGAGGUGUCCCCGUGAGGAGGCCUCUCUCUUUCUUGGCUGCCCUGUGGCGAUGGGGCCCCAAGGACUGUAUAGGAAGGAGCAGCCCACCCACACCCUGAGCUUCCACAACCACACGCUGGGGGUAAACAGGGUGACUUUGUUAUGUUGAUUCUUCUACAGAGAUGGUGACAGAGUUUAUCUACCCACCCACCUACUAAAAGCCAUAGCUAUGCCCACCUGGCCUCUCCCCAGCUCUAUAGCAAUAGCCCUUUUCCUCCUUUACCUCCUGGGGACCCAGUGUGU